GGAGGAUCUGUGACACCUGGGGAGGGUCGGUGCAUGGAGGAGCUGCGGUGAUCCUCACAUGGGCUCCUAUCCUGCCUGAAGACCGAGACUUCAGGAAGAUGGAGGAGGAAAUUGGUGAAAUCAGUGGGUUGUGGAGAGUGUGUAAAUGUGGGAAAAGCAGGAGAGGCAGGAGUCAGAGGUGACUGCAAAGAUUCAAGUCUGAGGGCUGAGCAGAAUGGCGGUGCUGCUGUAAGACCCCCUGAGAAGAGGGGUCUGUCAGAGCGCGCCUGCUGGGAGAUACCCACUCCACAGGUCAGAGUCACCAGUUGCAGCUCUAACCCCUGACUAAAGCCGUGCCAUGAGGGGCAGAGGAGGAGGGGACAUUCCCAAGUCUCACACUCUGCUCAGUGUCCCACAUAGCUUCUUCGUCUCUCUUAUUCCGGAGAUGGUGGCAUUGAAAUGUUCCCGAUAACUUGCAGUUGCCUGCCAUGUUCCUGCUAUUCACAGGGAAGGCAUAAUAAAUGGAUUUGGACAAGUUUUAUAUCAACCAUGGGUUUUGAUGUCAUUUCUGUAAGGUGCUGGAGUGGCCAACCACUUUCUCAUCUGGCUGAGGAGUGGUGGUCCUCUCUCCCUUUCUAGAAAGGCCUGGGUUUCAGCGUUGGCUCAAUCAUUCACAAGAUGUAUUUGGGCAGGCUACUUAACCUCUCUGAGUCACAAUUGACUCACCUAUCAAUUAGCGACCUCAAAGUGGUACAGGAAGAAUUAAUUGAGGGGACAAUGGUUAUCACAGUCCAGCACGCAGUAGCUACUGACUAAAGGACAACAGUAUCUGCUGCUGUGGCUGUCGGGGUGACAAUGACAGUGACAAUGGUGAAAUCGGGUCACCACAUGCUUGAGGUUUCCUCCGGCCACCAGAGGCUGGAUUGUUUUUGUUUAAGAUUUUUAAAGUUUAUUUAUUUUGAGAGAGAAAGAGCACACACAGAGGGGAGGAGCAGAGAGGGAGGGAGACAGAGAAUCCCAAGCAGGCCCCACCCAGGAUGGAGCCCCACAAGGGGCUCGAUCUCAUGACAGUGAGAUCAUGACUUGAGCUGAUGAUAUCCAGAGUCCGUCGCUUAACUGACUGAGCCACCCAGUCAGGGAGCCCACUCAGGCUCCCUGAGUCUGUGGGUUGUUUUUGGUGUUUCCUUGUUUCCCUUCCUCUGGAACAGAAAGGGAACCUCCCCUUGCUUCGCCUCUCCUGUUCAGUUGUUCUUCUUCAGUGCCCUUCUUUCAUGCCACGCAAUCCCCCGUUUCUUCUCCAGUGUUAGCCAGGUGACUCACCGAGGAUUCUCUCAGUGUAUUUUCACCUUCUGUAUAUCUUCUAGUUUUUACUAUGAGAAAGAUUAGUGAUGAGGGAGGUAUUUAAUUUAUUUCAGUGUGGGAGCCCAAGUGAAAGAAGAAAAAAAUAAAAGGAAUAAGAAAUACUUCAGGGUAGUCUUACUUUUUUUUUUUUUUUUUAAACUGAGGUAUAGCUGACACACAACGUUACAUCAGUUUCAGGUGUACAACAUAGUGAUUUGACACCUUCAACCCAAUUUCAAAAGCAGAGAAAAUCUUUGAGAGAUUCCUCUGCCUCGUGUCAUGAACGUGCUGCUGAAUCGCAUGUAGUUACAAGCUUCCUGAAGGUGAGAGCCAUCUUUCGUUCUUCUCUUGUAUGUCCCAAAUCGCCUGGGCACAGGGUAGGUACUUAAUAAAACAUUUGGUUAAAGAACUGAAUUAAAAUAAAUCCUCACCUCCUGCUGACAAAAAAUACCAAUGGUGGGAAAACUGAAAGACAGAAACAAGCAAACUGGUGAAUCCCCAUAUAUUACAUUCGAACUGUUGUUUGAUACUGACCUAUAUUCUCAACAACUUCCAGAUGUCCACUUGGACCCCAGGUAUCAAAAUUUUCUCGAAAUGUUUGUAAAAAUUCAUGAAGAUGUGGGACUGAGCAAAACCAUAGGACCUGAGAGAAUCCAGAAACUUAGAUAAUUCGUGUAAGGAAAAUAUUGAAGAUAUUCUUUAGAAAGGGAGAACUAUGAAUGAAAUUGGCAUUUCUGGGAAGUAAAUGGAGGAAACCAGGGAUUCACGAGACGUUUACUUGAGAAUUUCUCAUGCAAAGGCAUGAUGAGAAAUGUUAAGAAUGGGAGAAUUGUUGGUAAUAUGGAUACUUAUUAAUGCUGAAAAUGUUGAUUAUUAUUUCCAGUGUGGUAUACUUGAAAUAACAUACCAGUUGGAAUAAAAUGAUCUGGUUCUUGUUCUGGAUCCACUUCUUACUGGGAGGCUUCGCUAAUUCCCAACCCCUUUGAGCUUUGGUUUUCUCCCUUGUGAUAAGGAGAUCAUGGAGUUUUUUUGCAAGAUAGAUUGCAUAGUGUCUUGUAUAGAGUGGACUGUUGGGCAGUGAAUGGAUAAACGUUUGUGAUAUUAACAAAUAAAUAAGUAAAAUAAACCAAUAAGAUAAUAUGUGCAAAAGGGCUCUAUUAACAGGCAAGUGCUAAAUAAACAUGAAGGAUUGUUGUUAUGAUGUGUUUGUUUUGUCACAGGGCUCUUCUCUGAGAUACAUUUUCUCCAGAUGGAGUCCAUGGCCAUUACAAAUAAUGUGACUGAAUUAAUUUUCACUGGCCUGUUUCAGGAUCCAGAGGUUCAGAGAGCGUGCUUUGUGGUGUUUCUUCCUGUGUACCUGGCGACAGUGGUGGGCAAUGGUCUCAUUGUUCUGACAGUCAAUGUCAGUAAGAGUCUGCGUUCCCCCAUGUACUUCUUCCUUAGCUACUUGUCCCUGGUGGAGAUCACUUACUCCUCUACUGUUGUCCCUAAAUUCAUGACAGACUUACUUGCCAAGAUUAAAACCAUCUCUCUGGAGGGCUGUGUGGCUCAGAUAUUCUUCUUCCACUUCUUUGGGGUCACUGAGAUCCUUUUGCUUGUGGUGAUGGCCUAUGACCGCUAUGUGGCCAUCUGCAAGCCUCUUCAGUAUAUGAACAUUAUGAGCCGCCAACUGUGUCAUGUACUGGUGGCUGGCUCCUGGCUUGGGGGCUUUUCCCACUCCAUUAUACAGAUUCUCAUCACCGUCCAGUUACCCUUCUGUGGUCCCAAUGUGAUUGACCACUACUUCUGUGAUCUUCAGCCAUUAUUCAAGCUUGCCUGCACUGACACCUUUGUGGAGGGGGUUAUUGUGUUGGCCAACAGUGGCUUAAUUGCUCUGUGUUCCUUCCUCAUUUUGGUGUCCUCCUAUAUUAUCAUCCUUGUCAACCUGAGGAACCAUUCUGCAGAGGGGAGGCGCAAAGCCCUCUCUACCUGUGCCUCUCACAUCACAGUGGUCCUCUUGUUCUUUGGACCUGCUAUCUUCCUCUACAUGCGACCCUCCUCCACCUUCACUGAGGACAAACUGGUGGCCGUGUUCUACACAGUUGUCACCCCCAUGCUGAACCCCAUCAUCUACACACUCAGAAAUGCAGAGGUGAAAAUUGCCAUGAGGAGGUUGUGGGGCAAAAAGAACUUAGGGAUGGAAUAAAAAUGGGAAAGUGAUAAAGAAAAACAUCUAAUUAUUCUUUGUUUUUGAAAUGAAUUUUGAUUUCAGUGGGACAUUCAGGAAUGGCAAAAACAAAUGUAAGGACUUAAUGUUACUGUUGCUGUGAUUCUCCUUAAUAACCAAACACUUGCUUGUAUCUUGGUAUAAUGUUCCAAGGGAAGAGAUCAGAUUGCCUCUAUGAUAUCCAAGAAUAUCAUGAGGUUGGGUAACAUUGAGACUCAAACUAAAUGGCAAAUGCAAAGGAGAAUAUUUUGACAGAUGUUUUGUAAGUUAAAGUACUUCUAUGACAUACUUCCUCUCUCCUUCCCUCCCUUCUUCCCUCCCUCCCUUCCUCCCUCCCUUCCUUCUCCCUUCUGUGUUCAGUCUCCUAAUGACAACAGCUUAUAUUUCAUUAAGAAGGAGAACCAAACAGAGGAAUUAUCAUGGGAUAUUUGAGGAGAGUGCCAAUAUGAUCUUCUCUUCCACUGUGGAGAAAUGUAUCUUUGAAAAUUGUGUCUGCGGGCACCUGGGUGGCUCAGUCGGUUAAAUGCCUGACUUCGGCCCAGAUCAUGGUCUUGAAUUUUGUGGGUUGGAGCCCCAUGUGGGGCUCUGUGCUGACAGCUCCGAGCCUGGAGCCUGCUUUGGGUUCUGUGUCUCCCUCUCUCUCUGUCCCUCCCCUGCUCACGCUCUGUCUCUCAAAAAUAAAUAAACAUAAAAAAAAAAAGAAAAUUGUGUCCAUGAAUUUUUCUAUUUUCUGAUUGGUUUUUGGUGUCUUGUACCAUGGGCUGUCUGAUUACAAGUACUGAAAAAGUCCCUGGGGCCAUUUCGAUUCUUGUGACAUGUUGGUACAAAAGGUAGGUCUUCAGUCUCCACAGGCCUUUUCACAAUGUCCAGUAUCCAUAAGUUAAAAAAAAUAUAUCAAAAGGGCAUAGGUUCUAGAUAGCAAUAGGGAAAGAUCAAGUCAAACAUUUUAAGGAAAAGAUCACUUUUAGCCUUAUCCAAAUGUAAAUACAGAAUGUAGGAAAUUUUUUAUUUUUUAUUUUUUAAAAUUUAUUUUUAUUUAAUAUAUAU